AUGUUUUUUGAUACCAGAGCUAUAUCGAUAUAUCGAUAUUGUGUAAUUGUUUAUGAGAUUCCACGGCGCUCAAAUCUAUUACAUCCAUCACCUAGAUUAGAUUAUAAUGGCCAACUCGGACGGCGUUUUCCUUCGUUUAUAUAUAUCGUAGAUGAAUCCUACAAUCAGGUGGGAGAUAAUUGA